UGAUUCUUUUGCAGCCUUGCUCGCGCCACAGCACCCCGCUGACGUCUACACUGUAAAAAGUGUUGGCGGGGCCGCAGAAGCCGAGCAUUGAGAUAAGCUGCUGGGGGCUCAACCUUCCAGUGUCUUCUCCGCAGCAUCACUACGAGUUUUCACGAUGGCAGCUCAGACUCCCACAACUGAGCUCGGCAAAUUAAAUGUCGAGGAUAGCGGCAGCAAACCCAAGCCGGAUGCCUCUGCCGCAAGCAACGGCAACCUAAAUCACGACAGCGACGAGUCCGAGGACGAAGCAGAAGAGGCCGCUCCCGCUGCGGCCACCGGUGCGGCCAAGAAGAAGAAAAAGAAGAAGCCCAAGAAGAAGAAGAAGAAUCCCACACAGCAGUCGGACCCUCCGCGCGUGCUGAUAUCGCAGCUGUUCCCGGACAAGAAGUAUCCAACGGGCGAGGAGGUCGAGUACGUGAAUGAGAACCGCUACCGCACUACCAACGAGGAGAAGCGCCAUCUCGACAAUCUGAAGAGCGAGUGGCUCAACGACUACCGCCAUGCCGCCGAGGUGCACCGCCAGACCCGCCAGUGGGCGCAGAAGAACAUUAAGCCCGGCCAGACACUGAUGGAGAUUGCCAACGGCAUCGAGGACUCGGUUCGUGCGCUCGUCGGCCACCAGGGUCUGGAGGAGGGCGAUGCCCAGAUCGCCGGCAUGGGUUUCCCGACCGGCCUGAGCAUCAACCACUGCGCCGCGCAUUACACGCCCAACUCGGGUAACAAGAUGGUCCUGCAGCAGGACGAUGUCAUGAAGAUCGACUUUGGCGUACAUGUGAACGGCAACAUCAUCGACAGCGCCUUCACCAUGGCGUUCAACCCGCGCUACGAUCCGCUGCUGGAGGCCGUAAAGGCCGCCACCAACGCGGGCAUCAAGGAGGCCGGCAUCGACGCGCGAGUCGGCGAGAUUGGCGGUGUCAUCCAGGAGGUCAUGGAGAGCUACGAGGUCGAGAUCGACGGCACCACCUACCCGGUCAAGCCAAUCCGCAACCUUAACGGACACAGCAUCCUCCCCUACAACAUCCACGGCACCAAGAGCGUGCCCAUCGUCAAGAGCAACGACAGCACCAAGAUGGAGGAGGGCGACGUCUUCGCCAUUGAGACGUUUGGCAGCACGGGCGAGGGAAAGGUGCGCGAGGAGGGCGAGGUGUCGCACUACGCCAAGCGCAGCGACGCACCCAAGGUCGACCUCCGUUUGAGCUCGGCCAAGUCGCUGCUGAAUGUCAUUACCAGAAACUUUGGCACGCUGCCGUGGUGCAGGCGGUACCUAGACCGGCUGGGCCAGGACAAGUACCUGCUCGGGUUGAACAACCUCGUCGCCAACGGCAUCGUCGAGUCGUACCCACCGCUGGUGGACAAGAAAGGCUCCUACACGGCCCAAUUCGAGCAUACCAUCCUUAUCCGGCCUACCGUAAAGGAGGUCAUUAGCCGUGGAAACGACUACUAAGGCAAUUGUCUGAAUAAGAACUGUCUAAAGAAUCGGGUCGGUCGUCUAACCGGGCGGCGUGAAGCUGUCGAGUGUCGACACAUGGAUGGCGAUACCUGUUAUGCUACGUUUUUUGAUGUACUGUACAUGUGUAUAUACACACUCAACCAAGUUGAGGUCUCCGUACUUCCAGGAGCGCUUUAGCCACAAUCCGGUUCCGGCACAGCGUACCGGACCCGUUUGUGGGGUCCGGUCAUGAUCUCAAAUCUGGGGAAUGUUCGCCGCAGAUUCGGCGUGCCGUAAUC